AUGCCCAGAAGCUCGCCUCGCCAGGAGACUAAGCAGUGGGAGAGCGAUAGCGGUCCGGGCAUAACAGCCAGAAACGAAUCUCCCUGGGAUACUUUCAGAAAGUACUACGAUUGUGAUUUAGCUGGCCUCGUCGCGGUAUGCGUUCGAUCCUCUGGUGACCGCGGCGUCUGGGCGGUGCGCCAGUAUCCUAUUGAGGACGCUGACAAGGUUCUGCGGAUCCUCCGCUCCGUACGCCAUAGGAACCUGGCCUCCAUUCGGGAGUGUUUCCGCACCAAGGAUAUUAUGUACACGCUGGGUGAGUUUGACCCUCUCGUUCUGGAUCAUAUUGUCGCUUGUAAAGCCUUCCUAGACGAGCGGGAGCUGGCAGCCAUUAUGUCUCAGCUCGUUGACGGGUUGUUAUAUCUCAUGACCAACAACUUUUACCACACAUCUCUGGAUUGUACUAGCGUCCUCGUUAAUCUCAAUGAGCACGUUAAGAUCGGUGGGUUCAAUUCACUGAUACCUCCAAAGACAACCCUACCUAACGAGGCAUGGCAGCACGGAUCGAUUGCUGUGUAA